AUGAUUGAUUCUGAACCAAACCCAGAAAAGAUAGAUCCUGAACAAGACACAGAAAAAAUUGAUUCUGAACAAGACAAGGAAAAGAUUGAUUCUGAACGAGACACAGAGAAGAUUGAUCCUGAACAAGAAACAGAAAAGAUUGAUUCUGAACAAGACACGGAAAAGAUUGAUUCGGAAGCAAACAAAAGCACGAUAGGUUCAACAAAUAUUUUAAAGAAAUCUUCGUUGACAAGUGAAGCUGAGUACUUAAAGUUCAAGCGAAUGUUAGAUAAAACGGUUGUGAUUGAUGCUGGAUCGCUUACUGUCAAGGCAGGGUUUGCUGGUGAUGAAAAUCCUAAAGCUUACUUUCCCAAUAUUGUCGGUGAACCUAAAAAGAACAUUGUUAUUUCCCCUCACCAUUCAUCACUAAAUAACAUUUUACUGAUAGCCAAGGAGGCAGAGUGCAAAGCACCAAUACUUAAAGUCCGAUAUCCUGUUGUUGAUGGCCAAAUUAAUGGGUGGAAUGAUAUGUCAAAAAUCUUAUGCCAUGCAAUAUGGAAAGUAAUCGAUGUUGAUGAUAUCUCCCAAUACGUUAUUAUAAUGACUACUGAAACAGAAGAUGGACAACAACUGAUGCGACUGCUCUUUCAACUAUUUAAACCACGUGCAGUUCUUCUCGUAAACCAAGCUAUUUUAUCUCUGUUUUCUUCCGGUCGAUCGACAGGAGUGGUUAUCAAUUUUGGGGAAGGCACAAGCCAAGUCGUUCCAAUCUUCGAAAGAUGCAUUAUUCAACACGCUGUCAGAAACUGGGGUUGCAAUGGCCUAGAGCUCACGAAAAAACUCAUGGAGAUGUUGGACAUUUCCGAAACACCAGCUGGAAUAAUACGUGCCAGAGAGAUCAAAGAAAAGUUUUGCUACGUUGCCAGUGAACCGCAUGACGAGAAAGAAAAUAUUAAAUACGAACUGUGUAAACUAGCUGAUGGUGAUUUCUUCAGUGUGAUAUGA